AUGGAUUAUCUACAGAAGCAAUCACCACCGUUCAACGAUUCAAAGGUUAGCCGAAAGUAUAUUCAUGAUGAUCUUGCUUUCUAUGUUCUUUCAAAACUUGCCAUUAAAUCAUUGAAGCGCUUUGGAUGCGUACGCAAAUCAUGGUCCAUUUUAUUUGAUGACUCUGAUUUCAUGGCCUUGUUUCGCAACCAUUUCAUAACUCGUCAUGGUUCUGAUGAUGAUCAUCAUACAUUUCUUCUCAUACAUCAUCGUGAACUGCCUGCCACACCUGAUUAUCGUUUCCAUGCCGAGCUUCAUUUGCUUGAGAACAGACUCAAAUUAAAUUUGCCACCUCCAUUUCAAGUGGAUGACAAUCAUCUUAGUAUUUUGGGGAAAACAAGUGUUAACGGUAUUUUUUGUAUCGGCCAAUAUUUUGUAGGGGGAGAUUCAAAUAAGGUCAUAUAUGUAUUAUGGAAUCCUGCUAUCCAGGAAUUCUUUGUCAUUCCUCCUAGCCCAGGUCAUCUUUUACCAAAACACCGUGUGCAUGUGCUUCAUGACUUUCAUGGGUUUGGUUAUGCCCAAGUAAGAGAUGACUUUAAGGUCAUUCAGUAUGUAUCAUUUGAUACCUCAGGUAGGGGCGAUGGCUAUGACGAUUAUCCUCGUAUAAUGUAUGACCCUUUUUUUGAGAUAUAUAGUCUGAGAAAUAAUUCUUGGAAGAUACUCCACAUUGACGAUAUGUCUCUGCGGUAUGUAGGUAACGCAUUUACUGGUGACGAAUUGUACAUGAAUGGUGCAUGUCAUUGGUUGGUUAAUAGUCAACCUGAUAAAAUAGUUCUCUUGUCAUUUGACCUCAGUGAUGAGAUGUUCUUUACAACACCCAUUGGUGAAAUAUCUGAUUACAAUUAUGGACAUUUAGCCGUGUUAAAUGGAUCAAUUGCUUAUAUCAUAAAUCAUGACAACGAUGAUAUUUUUCACAUAUCUAUUUUGGGUGAACUCGGUGUGAAAGAAUCAUGGAUCAAACUAUUUAUUUAUGGCCCCAUACCGUCCAUGGACUGGCCCCUAAUUGGAUUUGGGAAGAAGGGAUAUGUUUUCUUUAGGAAAAAAGAUGAUGAGCUAGCCUAUGUUGAUUUGAGCACUCAAAUAAUUGAGGAGCUUGGUGUUAAAGGAGAGGAUUAUUGUUGUAAGAUCGGAAUUUACAAGGAAAGUCUUGUUUCGAUUCGAGGAUCAACUAACUAG